AUGGCGUCCCUGGCCGAGAGCAGCAUCGCAAGCGUAUCCUUGAAGGAUCUUGCCGCCGUGCGAGAGCAUUUGGCGAAGAUUGUGCCAGGAAAUGUGACAGAUCGCAUGCAGCAUCCUAGCGCGUUGACGCCAUCAACCCUGCAGCGAGGCCUGCCGAUAGAACGAGUGCCCGAGGCAGCCAUCGGCGUGCCUCAACGCGACCGUUUCGACAACACGAAUGACACAGCGAACGCCAGCGCGGUAAUACCAGAUUCGGGCGAUCUUGCCACUCCACCAGCCGCCGUCGCGAUCACCGCACGGCCGCCACAUCUCACGUCCGCGAGGUCGGCGCCAGAGGCAGACAUGGAAGCGAUGAAACAGCAGACGCCUUCGCAACAGGCUUUCAAAGACAUGACACGCGCCGAAUCGUUCAGCGGGUUUCUUGGUGGCGACACUCAGCCCAUGGACUCGCAGAUAUACCAUCAACACUUUGAGUCGAUGGCGCUUGCCAAGUCGAACACGAAUACCGUUACGCCCCAGAAACCGGUGAUGAGUGUGAGGCGGUCACCAGAUGGCAGGUUCGAGACAUAUGAUACGACUGUUACGGACAAGACACCGCACACAUUUGUGGAGGGCGAGACGGGGUUCAUUGAUCUAGAAGGAGCCUUGCAAUCCGAGCAUGGGUCGCCUGGCAUGCGAUCAACUACUUCUGGUAUCGACGAGCUUCUGGCUACUCCGCAGACACAGCUGCAGGCUCUUGAGGUAGCGAGGAUACCUACUAUGCCUGAGACACCAUCGCUUGCAGGCCACAAGAGACGGAGUAGCGGCGAGAUCGUCAGCUCGACUACUGUCGCUGCCAAGAAGACACCAGGUUUCUCUCAAGUCUUUGGAUUCGUCGCAAAAGGGCCAGCCAUGAGUGCCACGCAGCUUUUCGCGCAGACUCAAGCACCUUCUUCGCCAAUGCCAGACGCCCCACGAUCUGAUCCACUCCUCACACGUCCUUCGCCUAACAUGCUAGAACGUACUGCAUUCUCUUCGCCGCCAGUCUUGAGGUCCUCGCCGUUGAUGACCAUGCAUAGCAGACCUACAUCUGCAGCGACUGAAGAUCCGAAGGAGAAUUACACGAGUAUGCAAGAGUCGGACGAGAGGAGAAGAGUACGCGAGAUUGAGCAGGAAGCAAAUGCUGUAUACCCUGAUGUGGACGACUUCGAUGUGGACGAUGAUUUCGUGCGACCUAGACUACCCAACACACGCAUGCAGAGGGUCAUGAGUGACCAGACACUACAUGAGUUGGCGAGGCGGAGAGCACCUUCACGACCGCCAUUACGGCCUGGCUCAAGCAGGGGGGAGAUUGCUACGAUUGAUCUGAUCACACCUGCAACGGUGCGACAGAGGCCUGGACGAGUCGAGUUUGGCUUUGAUAAUGUCAGCGACGACGGCGAGCCAAUGGACGAGGACGAGCAUCACGAAGAUGGCCUUGAUCUGGGUGACGACGAUGAUGUGUACGAUGAAUAUGCACAGACGGUUCUCAGGAGCCAACCGGAUGGUGACAAUCAAGACGACAUCGGCGAAGAUGACCACAUUAUCGAGCAGGCCGAUGAAAUGCACGACCAAGGUGCCGAAGAGGCUGCAGGCAACGAGAGCAAUGGGGAUUUGCAUCUUGAUGAUGGGGAUGGGGAGAAUUCACGUGAUACGGACAACGUUGCAAUGUCUGGUGAUGUUGUGGAUGUAGAGAAAGCGGUGACGGCAACACAGCGGUCAGCAGUCGCAGACUCGCAACCAUUACCGGGCGAAAAGCGACGUCGUACUCAUCUCGAAACGAUCGCACCCUCCUCGACGACAUCUUUCGUGCCUGGCUCGCAAUACGCUGGUAGGACCAGUGAGGAGCAAGCAUUUCUACGCCGGGAUGGGUUGCGGCAGAUAUCAAGCGGUGAUGGCCUUCUUGACAAGGUACCAAGUAGUCCACCACUACUGGCAACUAAUGACACCCUUCCAAGUGAUCCGCUUGGCGCCUCGCUUGCCCGACAGCAAGCACUAGCUCUUUUCCAGCCACAGCAGCAAGAGCAUACGGAGCAGGAAACGGAGCGCGAGAUACCAGAAAGCGAUGCGCUGCAAUCUGAACCUGCUCGACCACGAACGGCCGACGUGAUUGAAGCAAGAUCCAAAGGGCAGAUGAGGUCGGCUACUGAAAGCAACAGCAUGCCUGCUCCAUUCUCGACAGCGCAAACACAUCUAUCUGCCGGCGGACCGUCACCUUUAAAGCCACAGUCGAAAGUAGAGAAAUCACCAUAUAAAAUGCUCGCGAGCCAGCGCAGUAGGAUGUCUCUCGACUCGCCACGCAAACGUGCCGGCGUGAGAAACUUUGCUGAUAUCGCCGCUGACCCCUCACCUCCCGAAGCUAGUGGCGAGGCAGAGGUCGAUAUCGAGGCUAUGAUGAGCGACGUCUACACUGCUGAGGACCACGCAUUCCUUGACGCCAUGUCGAGUCCGGCUAGCGAGAAGGUGAGCAAGCGUCGGCGGUUGAACAACACCGUUGCGCGGCAGGUGUCUUCUGUGGCUACAUCACCAACUAGAGCCGUUGCUGAUGAGGCUGAGCCAGUGAGCGAGCAAGCUCAGGCUAAUUUGGUGCCGCUAGCCGUCCCUGCUCUGGAACAUAUGGAGAUGGCGAGUCCGCACGUUCUGCAAAGCAAUGAGAGUAGAGGCAAUGAGCUGCCAACCUCGACUCCUGAGAAUGCCGAUGCGCUGAAAGGUACUCAGGACAGCACUAAGAAGCGCGAACAAGCAGGGGCUGCUGUAGUCUCACAACUGCUGGCUGCUCGUUCGACCAAGACUGGGCAGAAGCUCUCUGGUCUAGGACGUAGGACGACCACAUCAGUAGAGCUCGAGGUUGCUCCCAAGAAAAUUGACACGGCUACACGGAGGAAGUCAAGAAUUGGGAAACGCAAAGUAGCUCAAGCAGCAAGCACACCAGCAGAGGCCGCCGUUGAUGAUACGGAGACAGCACUGGCCCCUCUGGACGGAUCCCUGGACACCGCAGCUCCUGUUGCCAUGACUGUGGCAACAGACGAGGUCAAUAGCGCAGCAGUAGCACACGCCGACAAGCCUGCUGCUAAUGCAGUCCUGGCACCCAUGAGGGUCUUUGCACUGUUCAAGGGCACUCCCACGAACUUCUACCCUGCCACCUGGCUUGAAGCUGCGAGCGACGGGAAGGGUCAAACUAUACGUUUUGAUGACAAUACUGCUGUCAGUUUGGACCGAAGUCACAUCUCUAUGCUCGAGCUCCGUGUUGGCGACAAUGUCAAAGUAGAUGGUGCUGGCAUGCGAAACAAGUCGUGGGUAGUGAGAGGCUUUGGCGAUGUUGCUCGAACUGUCCAAGAGCGCGCUGUCGGUUCAGACAUCUACGGCCACACUACUAUCCAAGUGCAGGCCAAGACUGGUGGCCGCGACAGCACUGCCGGGACUGAUGGUCCAAUGAGCAAUGGCGGAGCAGUGAUCGAUGUACUCAUCAACAGGAUCUAUCUCACGCCUACCAUGUGGUCUGCCUUCUCCAAGCGCGAAUUCAUUCCGCCACACCCCCGAGGACGCAAUGCCACUAGACUCGACACGCCUACAAUUGGACUGCAUACACCAGAUGCCGAAACUCCUGGCUCACGAGUGCGCCGCUCAAUCAUACCAUCUGCCAAAGCCACAGCCCAGAAGUCGCAUUUGCGUGACGACUCGGUGACGUCGAAGCAUGCUCACAAAGACUCAGGGUUGUUUGAUAACAUGGCAUUUGCUAUAUCUUACGGCUCGAACGAAGCGGUGAAGCAAGACAUCACAGCAAGCAUACAGCGCAACGGUGGCAUGAUCCUUAAUAGCGGCUUCGAGGAGCUGUUCGAUCUUCCUACUCUUGCUGAUGCGGACGAGCAAGGCGACGAUGGACAGACCGGUCUUCACCUGAAGAAGCAAUAUGCUGGUCUUGGUUUCGUAGCACUGAUUGCGGACCGGCAUAGUAGGCGAGCAAAGUAUGUGCAGGCCCUUGCACUUGGCCUACCUACGCUGUCUGGCCGCUGGAUCACCGAUUCGCUGAAAGCUGCCAGUGGCGAAGGAAAGGAUAGUGCCCCGGUGCCCUGGAGCAAAUACCUGCUUGCAGCAGGCGAGAGCAGCUAUCUUGGCGGAGCCGUGCGAUCUCGCACAAUCACGUCAUAUGAUGCCGCUGAAGCCAAGCUGAUCGACACCAUCACGAAUCGCGAGCUCCUUCUCGCUGGUGACAAUGUUCUCAUCGUAGCAUCUCAGAAGCACAAAGCGUGGGACCGUCGCAAAGCAUAUGCGUUCCUCACCCUCGCACUCGGCGCAGCAAGAGUGAAGCGCGUGAUCGAUGUAGCGAGCGCCAGAUCUAUACUCAAGACUGAGAGGGACCAGUGGCAGUGGGUCUACGUCGAUGGAUCGGUGGUGGAGGCCAGUAAGAUUCUCUUUGGCUUGACUGUCUGGAACGCUGCGGAGCGCGAGCGAGAACGGAUGCGCGGCGAUGACGGCGUAUCGAAGGGCGAUGCUAAAGUCAUGGUGGCGAGUUCUGCGAAUGGCGUGAUUAAGGCUGUCAACGAUGAGUUCGUCGUGCAGAGUCUGAUACUUGGUGCUCUGGUGGAUUGA